AUGCCAUCCUCCACCCCCACCGGCGCUUCUUCCACCCCCGAUGCCCUCGAGUCCGACCUUCUCACGAAGCUUGCUGCCACAUCCGCAUUAGAAGAGCUACAAGACAGACUUUUGGGCUCGCUCCACCGCGCAGGGUGGACCGAGAAGAUCACCAGCCUCGCCACCGAACUCCUCCGCGCCGGCCGCUGCGAGACAUUCGACGACGUGAUGGAGGCAGUCAUAGCAUCGGCCGAAGGUAGAUCUCACCCGGCGCUGGGCUCAAAACACUCCGGAGAACAAAACGGAGAAGCAACACCGAAUGGCACAAAAGAAGGAAAAGCCAAUGGAACCAAGAAGGGUAAUGCAGGCAAUAAUACAGAUAACACCCCAUACGACCCGUUGAAAUAUAUCGAGGAGGUCGACGUGCGCAUUCCGGACACGGUUGUGGACGAGGGCGUGCGCGGUCUCAAGGAUAUAUUGAGGGAAAUGGUUGACAUGGAAGAUGAAGGUGCUCCGAAUGGAGACAAGAAGUAA